AAGAAUACUUUACACCAUAAGACAAAGUUAUCGUUACGAAGUUGAAAGCGCGUUUCAUUUUGGAUGGAUUUGGGAAAGAUGAAAGCGGCAAAGGGGCUGUGUAAUAGAUGAAGAUCAUUGCGAGUACUUCUUUGCAUUUAUAUUCGGUCGUGUGCCGGAGGCUCCACGUGCCGCCCAGAAGGUAAACUAAUUCGAGAAGGAGGGGAAGGUUUCUCGAACCACGUUUUCUCGAAGCGAGCCCGCCAGCUCUUGUCCGGAUAAGUGGGGGAACCGGGGACACAUGUAGUACUAGUGAUGCUCCUGUGAAGUGGACGAGGACGAGCUGAGCCUUCGCUUGUUUUAUGUGGUGUAGCUGGACUUGACGAAAUAGCGGCAAGAUGAUGGAAGGACGGGAAGAACCGGGCCUGGGGGCCAGCGAGGAUGAAAUCCAGCGCUACCUCCACAGCAUGUGCUCGGACGCGACGCUGUUCGAUCGCAAAACGGGCUUCUUCACUCAUUUCAUCGAGCAAAUCGAUGCUCAGGUGUCCGAUGCUUUUUUCAAGAAAUUCGGCAGCUUGCAGACCGACGAGGCAAGAAUUCUGGACACGUGGGCCAUCAAGCCAGUGCACACGUUGAAAAUCGCAAGCAUGUACAAGGAAAAGUCUAGCGGCCAAGCGGAGUAUUUCCGCACCAAGGGAAACAGGUCAUUUCAGGAUAAAGACGACAAGGAGUCGUUGGUUAUGUAUAGUAGGGCUAUCAUGCAGGCCCCUUGUAAUUCAGAGGAAUGUUUAUCAUUAAGUUAUGCGAACAGAUCAGCUGUGCUGUUUCAUCUGGGGAGGUUUCAGCUUUGUCUUAAUGAUAUUGAGUUGGCCAUAGAAGCUGGCUAUCCCUCCAAUUUAAUGUACAAGAUAUUGGAUCGUAGGGGGCAGUGCCUUGUGAAGCUGGGGAAAUACAGCCAGGCUAAGGAAGCCUUCCACGCAGCUGACAGUGCCCUCUCCGAUUCUACUUUAGAAGAGAAGAAAAUGGCGUCGUGGAAGAAAGACUUAGCGAAAAAGGCACAAGAGUGCCAAGGCAAAACUGACAAAGAAACUGCAGUUAAAACUCAAGAAGCAGACGACUCUUUGUUCGCGGGCAAAAACCCGAUCAUUCCAAAUGCUUCAGUCGCUGUGGGAAUCGAGGAAUCUAAGGAAGCUGGUCGUUAUGCGGUAGUGACGAGACCUGUGGGAUCGGGGCAAGUCUUGUUCUCUGAGAAACCCUACGCGUUUGUGCCGCAUCAUGAGAGAACCGGAACUCACUGUCAACACUGCGCGUCAAGAUUAGUAGCUCCCGUUGCUUGCAAGUGGUGCUCAGCUAUCGCUUUCUGCAGCAAGCAAUGUCGCGACGAGGCCCUCGAGUCUUACCACAGAUGGGAGUGCAAAUUUGGGGAACUUCUGAGAGGGUCCGGGAUGUCUCUGAACUCUAGCCUCGCCCUGAGACUGAUAACGCUGCAGGACCUGGAAUUCUUCAAAGAGCUGAAACCACGUCUGCAGGAACCGGCCAGGAUUCCCUCGGAGAAGAACCCCCAUCGACCAGAUGAUUACGUUUCCAUCUACAACAUGGUGGCCUUACCCGAGAAGAGGUCUCCUGAAGACUUCCUCGAAAGGUCUUUGAUGGCCUGCGUCCUCGUGAAAGCCCUUCAGAGAAUGCACUUCUUCGGGAGAUGGGAUGAGGAAAGCCCUCCUGACAAGGAACUGACUGAAGACGAAGUCUUCAUUGGUGGUCUACUGCUUCGCCACCUCCAGAUUUUACAGUUCAACUCCCAUGAGGUGACUGGAGUUGGCUUUGCUAAGGACAAAGUAAACUUCAAAGAGGCUAAGAAUUUAAAUCUCGGUCUCGCCUUGUAUCCAACUAUCUCGUUCUGCAAUCAUUCGUGCUAUCCUGCAGUGGCCAGGUUUUUCAAGGGCACCAAGAUGGUCGUGUUGAAUCUGCGUCCCCUGAAGGCUGGUGAAGUUGUGGCUGAGAACUACGGCCCUAUCUUCACUCACCAUGAAUUACAGCAACGUCAGCGCAAGCUUCUCUCGCGAUACUGGUUCACGUGUGAAUGCGAGGCCUGCAAAAGCGACUGGCCAAUCUAUCAGAAAAUGGCCUUAAAGCGCAAAUUCCGGUGCCAGACUUGUUCAGCGGGAUUCGGCAUCACCGACCCUUCCAAAACCCAGUUCAAGUGCCCCGGGUGCAACACGCAGGUCAAUGUCAAGGAUAUGCUGAACAUCAUCUCCAAAGCGGAGGAAUCUUACCUGUUGGGAAAGAUGCACCUGGAGCAAUCCAACAGAGAAGAAGCCAUCAAAUCAUUUCUAUCGUACGCAGACUCCGUCACCAAGUACACCGUGCCUCCUGUGAAGGAGCUUCAUCUCGCUCUGGAGCACCUCAGAUUACUCUUAGCAGCGAGAGGAACCAUCCAGAUUCGAAAUCCGCUGAAUUAAACCGAUAUAGGCGGCCUCCGGGCGAUUCACCACACUUUUUAAGCAUCUCUGUCAGUUUCAGAUGCCCAGGAGGAUCAAACAACAUUUAGAAUGAAACACCAAAACCUGUCCUCCUGAACUGGGAGAGAACAAGACUCAGAUCAGUUGCUUUCUUUCCAGACAAACAAACCCGGUGGAUGUGUCUGGUUUUCAUUCUAGUUUAUUUGGCAUUUCUAUCUUUGUUGAAUUCGAUUUUUGUUUGUUUGUGACUUUCGUACUCUUACAAUAAAAGUGUUAUUGAUUCUUA